UAGCAUCGACAGACACGCUGCAUCACGGUCUCCGUCACCUCACUGUUCUCCAAGGGGUUUUAUUCAACACUGGCGAAUUUACCUCAUUGUUCUCUCAUAAGGGCUUUUUUUUUUUUUCAACUUUGAGCAGCAAGAUUUUGUGCUGGACGCAUUGCAAACAGGGCCCAGUUUUUCAUUUUAACAACAAGCUUCUGGAAACCAUGAGUGCUUGCAGCAGGAGGGCUCUGACUUUACUCAGCAGCGUCUUUGCAAUCAGCGGCCUGGGGCUGCUGGGAGUGGCGGUGAGCACAGAUUACUGGCUCUACCUGGAGGAGGGCGUCAUCAUGCCUCUGAACCAGACGGCUGACAUCAAGACUUCACUGCACUCGGGUCUCUGGAGAGUCUGCUUUCUGGCUGGUGACGAGUCGGGCCGCUGCUUCACCGUUGAGUACAUGCUGCCCACGAGUCUCCAGCUGACGUCAGAGUCCACAGGGAACGUGCUCAAGAUGAUCCGCUCAGCGACUCCCUUCCCUCUGGUCAGCCUCUUCUUUAUGUUCAUCGGUUUUGUCCUCAACAACAUUGGACACGUCCGUCCUCACCGCACCAUCCUGGCGUUCGUCUCAGGAAUCUUCUUCAUCCUUUCUGGCCUGGCUCUGGUGGUGGGUCUCGUACUGUAUAUCUCCAGCAUAAAUGAUGAGAUGCUGAACAGGACAAAGAGCAGUGAGGCCUAUUUCUCUUAUAAAUAUGGCUGGUCGUUCGCCUUCGCUGCCCUCUCCUUCCUGCUCACUGAGAGUGCAGGAGUCAUGUCUGUCUACCUGUUCAUGAAGCGCUACACAGCGGAGGAGAUCUAUCAGGCUCGUCACCCCAAUUUCUACCGGCCUCGGCUCAGCAACUGCUCCGACCACUCCGGUCAGUUCCUCCACCCGGAGUCCUGGUUGCGUGGGCGGAGUCCCUCAGACAUUUCGAGCGAAGCCUCGCUCCAGAUGAGCGCCAGCUACCCCGCCCUCCUCAAAUGCCCCGACUACGACCAGGUGUCAUCCUCGCCCUGCUGAGUCGUCAGGGGUCAGUUCAAGGUCACUGAAGAGUCUCAUAAAGAGUCAAAUGGCAGAGUGAAGAGAGAGGUUUCAUUUGGGGUAAAGGGACGAGUCAAAUGAGUUUGUACCAUCAGUCACCUACACCUGAAACAACAGGUGAACUACAAUUAGUCUGCAGGCUAAAAGGGUGCGCUGAAAUAGUUUGCAUUUUAAUGUUUAUUUAUAGUCAACCAUUAAAUUCCUUUAAAUCUUCAUACAGUGCCUUGCAAAGGUAAUUACAACCCUCAAACCUUUUCAUAUUUGCCCAUGUUGCAGCAUAGUCACCCGCUCUAGCACAUUUUAUUAGGAUUUUAUGUGAUAGACCAACCAUCCAGCCCCUUUUAAUUUAAUACCCUUAAAUAAAAUCCAGUGCAACCAGUUUCUUUUUUGAAGUCACCUAAUUAAUAAAUAUCCAUUUACUGUGAAAUUUGCCUGUUCUGUGAAGGCCUCUGGGGUUUGUUAGAGAGCAUCAGUGAAUUGAUAGCAUUUGUGUAAAUGUCUAAGACAGGGUUAGGUCACAGUAAAAUAUCCGUAGCUUUGAAAACAUCACUGUUAAAUCCAUUAUUCGAGAGUGGAGAGAUUAAAGCACCACUUCAAACUAAUGACAGGGUGGGCAUUAAUCAGAGAGGCACCCAAAAGUACAAGGUAACUGUGAAGGAGCUACAGAGAACAGCAGCAAAGGUGUAAGACUCUCUACUGACAACUAAUAGUUGUGCUGUCCAUCGAUCUGGUCUUUAUGGUGCAGUGGCAGGAAACAGGCCUUUGUUGGGCAAAAAAAAACAAGUCCUGUUUGCAGCUUGUCACAAGACGCGGAGGGAGCACAGCAAAUCCAUGUUAGGAGUAAUGGAGAAGGUUUCCCCUACAUUUAGGGUUGGUUUUGGUGGAGAAACAAUGCCAUGGGUAGCUGUGCUCCAGUGGUGUUUAAAAUGUCCUGAAGCAGUAAAUGCGCCAUCUUGAUCAGGCUGAGUUUUUUUUCCCUGUGAACGUUGUGUGUGUCCUGCAAACACGAGGAUAGAGAUUUUAGGGGCAUCCCAGGAGAGGACAUGGAGCUUUUGAAAUUAAACCCCUUCAGUAAAAUCAUUGAAAGAUUACCUUGAUGAAUAGCCAACUUUGUAGCGAGCCGAACUGAAAAACUCUGACUGGGCCGUUGGAUGGAGCUGUUGAGGGGAACAAGCUGCUUCCAAAGAGACUAAGUGACCAAACCAUGUUUUUAUUCUUUCUUGGCUACUAAAACCAGUCCAAAGAAAUUCUAGUUUUUAGCCUCUGUGACACGAUGAACUAACUUUAUUAUUCAGCUUGAAAACUGACUUAGCCUGCUACUGCUGGCUCAUAACAUCCAUCAAAGGCUACUAUGGGCAGUUUAUGGUCACACACAGUGUUUGGUUUACAUGCAAAAACAUUGUGUGCUGGAAAACUAACUGUGCACAUAAUCCUGGAAAAAAAAAAAAACAUCUCCAAUGUGACACAUGGUAGCGACAACAUGGAGGUAUUUUCCCUCAGCAAGAACAGGAAAGCUGCUCUGAAGGAUUGAUUGAGCUGAAUAAACAACAGUCCUGGGAAGAAAUAACUUGU